AUGGCGCAGCAGACAGCACCUUCAGGUGACUUGAGCUCAUGGAAUCCUGCCUGUCGGCCAGAAGGCGAUCAUUCCGGCCAUACGGCGGGUCCUGAUCAAAAUGCAUCGUUGGAACCCCUAAACAGUGCAGGUUUCCACUCACACCAUGCCUCGGCCGUGCCACCAUCCGAAUACGAUGAAGCCCUUACAACAUCCACUGAAAGCACACGGGAACUCGAACAGGCCUCAGCUGAAGAAGCGAUCGUCACCGCAGCGGAAACCAACGUGAUUGACCAAGGUGCCAGUUUCGCGAAUGCUCAAGAAGCAAACGGCGCAGCGGCGGAGGACAUUGAUGACACAGCGACGAACCUGCAAACAGAGAAAUUUUCUGGAGAGCCUGACUCUUCUUCAAUCCCGGCGUCCACUAUCCUGAACGAAGAAGCUGUCCCUCUCUCAUCCGAUGCCCUUGGAUUGCAGUCUCCAACAGUUGCCGACAAUGAUUCGGACAAACCAAGGCUCCAAACCUCUGGCUCGGAGGACCCGGAAAUCACGGAGGAAAAUGCGAAUAAUGAGAUGGAACACCCGGGCGCCCAGUGGGAUUCGCAAAUGCAACUAUCACAAUCGCAGAUCGGCUCCCAGUAUGAGCCAAGAGAGCAGCCAAGCAAACACGAUCCAACUACCGGCGAGUUUACCUCACAAGCCGAUCCGUGGAAUAUGGAGGAGCGGAAUGAGGUCGAUUCAGAUGGGGACGAUUUUUUCAACCAACUAAAGACUCAAACUAAGCCCAUUUUUGCCCCGCCAGAGUCAGAGUCCCGAUUUGAGGAGGGCCUUCCGCUGUUAGAAGAAGACGACAAAGCACCUUCCGCACCCGAGGACGCAGCCUUUCAAGGAGGGGCGGACCUAUUUGCCCAGGACGAUGAAAAUGCAGACGACUUCUUCAGCUCACCUCAAAAAGAUGAGGCAAGUGAUGCUCCCCCUUUUGAAAUAUCUCGCAAGUCCACUUCGCAAGUGAUGGAGUCGGCCGGACUUUUGAUCGAAUCACCGCAAAGUGACUCAGAGGCUGCUGCUCUAUUUGAAGAUGCUUUGAAAGCUGCGUCCUCGUCUAAAGUCGCCGAGCAGAACGAGAGUACUGUAGAGCCCUCGGAGGACGAUCUCGCCGCACGCUGGGAGGCAGAACUGAGCGAUACUGGAGAAGAUGAACUGGUUGCUAGGUGGGAAGCGGCUUUGGAUCUAGACGACGACGAUAUGCUACUUGAUAAUGAUCCAACCUCGCUCGCUUCGGCUGGACCACAGGCUAGCUCCUCACAGCAACAAUAUACCCCACAGAGUGGGAACAUCUAUAAUGCCAACGUUGGCACUCCGAGUGCCCCCGGAUUUUCCGGGACUUCUGGAGGUGCCAAUCAGUUUGGGCUGGCCUCGGGCAAAUAUACACCUCACCAACCCACGACGGCGGAUCUAGUGGGCAGGUUAUCUUUGCCAGGGGCAUCCUCAGCAUUGAAUUUGGCACCGCCGUCAAUGCUUUCCCAGCCGCCUGCUAACCCUGUGCUUCCACGAGGAGAGAGCUUUGCAGAGCGGCCUAAGGAGGGUUACAGAUCACCCUAUGACUUACCAGAAGACCUAGCCAGACCAAGACGGACAUUGACCACUCAAAAGUCAGCGCCUGUGCUUGUGCCUCCACCGAUGAGCGUACCGCAAGUUGGAAUUUCUGCUGCCACUGGCACCCUACCACCUGCAGCACCGCCAGUCCAGAAGAACUUCUACGAAGAGUUGCCUUUGCCAGUUCCGAGGUCUCGACCUGCAUCCACUUCUGGCCGCUACUCGCCCAUGCCAGGCACUGCCCAGGCUUCUGAGUCUGUCGGCACCCCUCCACCGCCACAAAAUUCGUACGCACCGCUCGCCACAUCCCAGGUUGAUUCUCACCUGCAGCCUUCCCUUCAGCUGCCACAUCGCGAGGAUCCAUAUACAACGCCAUCCUUGUUGGGUUCGAGCGCACCAGCUGGCCCGCCUGCUGCAUCUCGAUACUCUCCGCAGCCACCAGCCCUGCAACCACCAGCAAGGGCUCAAUCGAUUUCAAGAUAUUCUCCCGCCCCGUCAACCUCAGGCCCGGCUGGCCGUAGUCGAUAUGCUUCUCAGCCUUUGGCGGUUCCGGGCCACGUCAACAAUUUGCCCUUCCAGCCACGGACUUCGAGCCCACUUGCACACCAUGAAAAGUCUACGUACCAACCCGGUGCUGAGAAUCCUUAUCCGCUACAGCCGCCAUCGUUGCAGCCGUCGGUCGACCUAUCUCCGCCUCGUGCACAGCGUGGUAGCGUUGACCAAGGGUCAUCAUACGCUCCCCAAUCGCCGGAUGAGAACGGUGGCUUGGAAGGUUCGAGUGUUCAAAACACGAAUCGGCAGAUCCACCCGUCUCAAAAUCGAUAUGCACCUCCAGAGUAUGUCAACGAAUUCGCGCAACGGCUAGCACCGGUCAAAACAAACGAGCACGACCAGGCGACUGUGAUGCUGCCUUCAUCACAACAAGUGGUUGAGCAACCGUCUGCUCCUCCCCCUCGUCGAUCCCAAACCUCCUCGCCGGGUCAACAAUUGAUAAGCCCUCGCGGAACCCUUCCUCAGCUCGCACCGGUGCCGCGCCCCGCAUCGGUGCAUGGUUCGGCAUCGCCCACGAAGGCGACGAAUCCUUACGGAUCGUUGCCAACAGCGAUUCAAUCUUCUGCCAGAGGGUACACCCAGCACCUGGAGUUUAUUGCUCCAACCGACGGCCAAGAGACCGAUCCUCUUGAAAGAUGGAGAGGUGCGCCAAUUUUCAAGUUCGGGUUUGGUGGUGCAGUGGUAUCCUGCUUCCCUAAACACAUUCCUCGGUACUCAGUCGGGCAGAUCAGCCCGAUGAUCAAGCCUACGCCAGGAGAACCGAGACUGUCGAAAGCCAACGAAGUCAUUCCGUUCUCAGAGACUGUAGUCCAGCACCCGGGGCCAUUGAAGUCCAAGUCCAAGAAGAAGGAUGUCAUUGCUUGGCUCUCGAGCAAAAUUGCGGCGUUUGAGAAUGAAGUUUCCGAGGUGUAUGAGGGCUCUCACGCCGAUGUGACGAAGCGGGCCGAAGAGAAGAUCUUGCUCUGGAAGGUCGUCAGACUUCUGGUGGAGAACGACGGAAACUUCGAGGCUUCGAUUGAAUCGAAAAACUCGCUUCGUCAGAUUUUCGUACCAAAUCCUCCCAGUCUCGAAGCAGAAAAUCCUUCGGCAAGCGAUUUUGGACCUGCUGCAACGUUUGCGACCUUUGGCGCUCCAUCCAAACCAGAUGUGGCAGCUGAUCCUGAGUGGAUGAGAGAGCUUCGCGCCUUGUUGCUCGUCGGCGAAAGAGAAAAGGCUGUCUGGGCGGCGGUCGACCGCCGUAUGUGGGGACAUGCACUGAUCCUUGCGUCGACCAUGGAUCGAUCAAUCUGGAAACAGGCAGUCCAAGAAUUUGUUAGGCGUGAAAUCAAAUCCACAGCUGGCAACACGGAAUCUCUCGCUGCCCUUUACGAGAUUUUCGCCGGAAAUGUCGAGGAAAGUGUGGACGAGCUAGUUCCUCCAUCCGCGCGAGCAGGACAUCAGCUUAUUAGUAUCAAUGACCGGCAAGGUGCCACAAAGAAUGCUCUCGAUGGCCUGGAUAGCUGGAAAGACACUGUUGCCAUGGUGCUUGGAAAUCGCAGCUCUGAUGACCAAUCUGCAUUACUUGCACUAGGUCGUUUGCUGACUUCCUACGGCCGCGUGGAGGCCGCGCACAUUUGUUUCUUGUUCUCUCGCAGCGCGGUCUUCGGCGGUGCUGACGAUCUGCAAGCGAACAUUGUUCUUCUCGGAUCAGAUCACCAGCGUCAAUCAAGCUCACUACUAGAUGAAGAUGCUAUUCUGUUGACUGAGGUAUAUGAAUUUGCUACUGCCGUCUUGGGAAACUCCACCGCAGCCACACUACCUCAUCUUUUGGCCUUCAAGCUCGUACACGCAAGGCAACUUGCAGACAGAGGCCGCAAAACUGAGGCUCAGGCCUACUGUGAUGGGGUUGCUUCAUCGUUGAAGUCAACGACCCGCCCCUCGCCUUAUCAUCACCAACAUCUAUUCUCAGAGGUUGACGAGCUUUCUGCCCGUCUUCGCCAGACCACGACUGAUAGUGGUUCCUGGAUCUCAAAACCGAGCAUGGAAAAGGUCUCCGGGUCCAUGUGGGCUCGCUUUAACAGCUUCGUUGCUGGUGACGAUGCUGAUGCGGCGUCAACGGGCCUGGGUAAAGCUGGCGAGGCGGGGGACCACGGUCCAUUUGCCAAUAUUGCAGGAACACCCACUGUCAGUCGAUCGCCUUCAGUCUCUGAUCUUUAUGGAUCAUAUCCUGGCGGAGGAGCUACUCAACCUGUACCUACUCCUGCUGCCGGCCCUUCUAAAUACAUGCCAAGCCAGUAUGCCCCCAACGCGUCACCCGAACAGUUUCGAGGGCGGUCUUCGCUCGACUCACAAAGAUCUCCCUCCUUUGGUGGUGCUCCAUUCACUCAACGCCGAGCCUCACAAGAGUACCCUGCUACUCCGGUCGAGAGUUACGCACCCAUGUAUGGUUCUCCUGGAACAAAUCCGGGCUAUUUGUCCACCCCUCCGCAGACAUCAUACAUGCCUCUCGCCCCAGUUGAGGAGGAUGUGACCUUCCAGCCCCAUGCAGACCCGACACCGUCCACCCAAACCGCUUCCCUUUCAAACGGGAUCUCUUACCAGCCUGCUGGUCAGUCCGAUGAGCAGCGAAUCGAGUCUCAUGCGACUGCGAUGUCAGAUUCUCCCUACUACCAGGAGCCUCAGGCUGCUUUGCAGUCUGAAGAAUCGUCAUACAUGCCUCCGCCAGGUAAUGCAUAUGCUCCCCCUUCAUAUGCCGCCCCCGACUUCGACUCUACCACCGAGGUGACAGAAGAGCCGUCCGAAGAGAAUACCAGACCAGAUGUUCGGAAGAAGAAGAAGUCAUUUAUGGAUGAUGAUGACGACGACGACCUCGCUGCGAGGGCCGCGGCUAUGCAAAAGGCUGAAAAUGAUCGAAAGGCAGAUGAGGCAUUCCGAAAAGCUGCUGAAGAAGACGCCAAAAAAGAUGCGCAGCAGUCCGCGAAGAAGGGAUGGUUUGGCGGCUGGUUUGGGGGUGCAAAGAAAGAAGCCGAUCAUACUGGUGGCGGUCCAAUCAGGGCCAAGCUUGGGGAGGAGAGCUCAUUCUACUACGACAAAGAUUUGAAGAAAUGGGUCAACAAGAAAGAUCCUGGCUCUGCCUCCGCUGCUCGUGCCACGCCGCCUCCUCCACGAAGCUCUGCUCCACCGAGCCGAGCUGCUAGCUCCAGUAGUGUACCCCCUCCUCCAGGUGUACCUCCUAUGUCCGGUCCUGGUAGCCGACCCCAGUCCGCUGCCAGCAGCAAUGUUUCAGGUGCACCCCCACUGUCCAGCUUUUCAUCGUCUGCGCUCGGCGUACCACCGCCUCCUGGGAAUAUGCCUCGUUCCGUCUCAACUGGUGCAGCGGCGCCUACGCCACCUGGUAGCGCCGCUGGCCUUCCUCCGCGGCCCGCUUCUUCUUUGACCAACGCUAAUUCUAUCGAUGAUCUCCUUGGUGCCCCCGUUGCGCGUAAGGGAAAUGCUGCGAAAAACAAGAAGAAAGGCCGCUAUGUUGACGUGAUGGCGCCAUGA